AUGGUUUCGUAUCGAAUGGUGUUAGUGUUAAUUUUCAAUCUUAUAUUACGACUUACAGAAGGCAGAGUGUACUGUCAAGAUUCACACGCGUCGCCAUGGAUUCCACUCGGCUACUCUUGCCCAGUGAUGUGCCAGAAUAUCAUCAAUGCGAUUGAACAAUUAAAAAUGAUUGACUACAGAAAACUGUUAGAAAUUAACCAGGGGCAUAGAAAAAAACUAAAUGGAAGCUACGUAAGCAAACUCUUGCUUAGCCAAAGUUCAGAGGAAGAUGAUGGUGUGGAAGUUGGUAGAUCAGCUCGAACGGAACCAUAUCAUAAAGACGGUGUAUCAAAAUAUACAUCCUCAAUGAAAAAGGCGCGAGAAAAAAUUAAUUAUAAGCUUAAUAUGCAAGUAAAAAAAGAUAAAUACUUCAGAAACAUUAUAGAUAACAAAAUUGAUGAUACAAGUAGGGAAACUUAUCGCAAAAUGGCGCCUAAUCAAAAUGGCGUUUCCUUAUUUGAGUACAACAAAAAAUUUGAAAAUGUUGUUCCGAAAACAUCACAUAAAGUAUCUAUUAACCAAAAACACACAUAUCACAUCAAAACACACACUUCCAAACCUAUAAACAUUCGAAAAUACACUAUGAAUCCAUUUACAAAAAUGGCGGGAAAUAGCAAAGAUUUACAAAUGGCGGUUGAAGAUACUUGCGAUUGGUUUAAAAACAAACAGCCUUAUGUUUUGAUAAAGAAAAUGGCAAAAAAUUGCAUCAAAGGGAACAGAAGAAACGGGUACGGAGAAGAUUUCAUAAGGACACUGACAAGAACAAUGAAUCGAUACGCGCUGACGUCGUUCAAGUUCACCGAAGAUAUGGUUGAGUUGGUGCUUGAGAAGGUGUUUGGAGAAAACAUUGAUCUCCGCAACAACGUAUUCGAUGUGGGCAAGUUGUUGAGCUACUUGAAGAACGAGAUGAAUGUGCACAAGCUGCACAGGCGCCGGGAUACGACCAUCGUGCUGAAGCCACGCCAUUGUCUGUCCAUUUCUGUACCCGGAUGUUUUUGUAGACCGGGGUUCGUGGAGAAUGCAGGCCAGUGCGUGAAACCGGAGGACUGUUUCCCUGACACACCGGAUGAGGAUUAUUUGUCGCGUAUCAUAGUUUACUAA